GGGAAGGGUAUAACCAUGAAAAACUUUGGUUUAUGUGUUGCAAUGGUGCUGCUUCAAUCGUCAUAUGGUGCAUCAGUAAUCCUUGUUAAAGUUGCCUUUGAGAGGGGCCUCAAUCAAUUUGUUUUUGUGGCCUACCGGCAUAUAAUUGCCAUGUUUGUAUUAGGCCCCUUUGCUUAUGUGCGCGAAAGGGAACAGCGCCCUUCACUUUCAUGUUCACUGUUUGCAAAAAUAUUUUUGCUCUCAUCACUAGGGACUACCAUAUACUUCAAUGUCUUCUAUUUCGGUUUGACAUAUACUUCUCCAACAGUAGCUUCUGCCUUGAACAAUGUUAUCCCUAGUUUGACAUUUCUCAUGGCAGUUCUUCUCAGGAUGGAAACGGUAAAGAUUAGAAGCGCUGGUGGUCAAGCAAAAGUACUGGGAACAAUAAUCUCCAUUGGUGGGUCACUUGUUUUUACCCUCUGGAAAGGAGGGUGUCAGUUGAAAGGCUUUGUGGACGGGCCUCUGAUAAACAUCCAUAGCACCAAGGGUUCUGUAGGAGAGUUAAGGCAUGGAAAAGAAAACUGGCUCAAAGGUUCUUGUCUUAUUCUGAUUAGCACCAUUGCAUGGAGUGGAUGGCUGAUUCUCCACGGAACAGUAUCCAAAGUUUACCCAGCUGAGCUAUCACUGAAUGCUUUGAUUUGCUUCAUUGCAUCAUUGCAAUCUUCUUUGGUUGCGCUGUUCUUUGCUAGAAAUCGUCUUUUAUGGAGGCUAGAGUGGAAUGUGCAGCUUUUAACCAUUAUCUACUGUGGGGUUAUGGCCACAGCGUUAGCCAACUACAUACAAAUACGGUGUAUCAGCUACAUGGGACCAGUCUUUGCAUCAACGUUCACUCCACUGUGCGCUGUCAUUGUAGCAAUAUUUUCUGCAAUUGCUUUUGCAGAGAGACUUCACUUGGGCAGCUUGGUAGGAGCAUGUCUCAUCAUUGUUGGUCUCUACAUUGUACUUUGGGGCAAGAGGACAGACAAUUUAAUGACUGGAAAUGCAGAGGAUAAAGAUGACCUCGGUGAUGGUAGAACGCUUGAGAUUUCGGAGAACGCUUGCACAGCAACCACUGAUAAAUCUAUUGCAAGUGAAUUAAAAUGCUGAGAGAUUGGAUUUGCUCUUGCCAAAAUCUUCAGUCAUCAAGACAGGAGACUUUUUGGACCCUCUGAAAUUGCUUGUUGCUCUAUUAUAUAUGCUACCGUUAAUGCUAUGGUAAUUGGCAUAAAUAAGAAUGUGAUUAUACUCUGAAUAUGAAGAUUACAAAUGAAGAUCUUGGUUGUCAA